UCACUUAAUGUGUCCUGUUUUCCCAGUUUUGUGCACCUGUUUGUUCAUGCUGCUGUUUCUCUAAGAGUGCUUCAGGAGCAGGGCGGUGUCAGAGCCCUUGCACACCGGGGUGUGGCCCACACGGACGUGCGCAGGACUUUUUCUGAGUGCGCUUUGAGCCCUGUGCUUCUUCUCUUCCGCUCUCCGCCGCGUCUCUCUGCUCACCGAGCUUCACAGCUGCAACUCAGCGACCUUCUUCUUCUUCUUCCCGGUGAAUUAAGCCCGAAGGUUGUCAAAAUGGCCUACAGAGGAACAAUAAAAGCCAGUGCAAACUUCAAUGCCAAUGCAGAUGCUGAGGCCAUGCACAAAGCCAUGCACAAAGGCUUGGGAGCUGAUGAGGAUGCCAUCGUGCAGCUGGUGACUGGUCGCUGCAAUGCCCAGAGGCAGCAGAUCAAGGCUACCUACAAAACUCUGUUUGGAAAGGAUCUAAUAUCAGACCUGAAGGGAAAGCUGCAUGGCCAUUCUGAGACUCUGAUUGUAGCUCUGAUGACCCCACCCGUCACUUAUGAUGUUGAAGCCCUCCACCAUGCCAUUAAGGGGGCAGGAACAACUGAUAAGGUGCUGAUUGAGAUCCUCGCCUCCAGAAGUUGUCAGCAGGUGAGGGACAUCGUCGCUGCUUACAAAGCAGAGUAUGACCACAACCUGGAGGAUGAUGUAAGUGGUGACACUUCAGGUCACUACAAAAGACUUCUUGUUAUUCUGCUCCAGGCCAACAGACAGACAGUGGUCCAGCAGGAGCUGAUCGAGAGUGAUGCUCAGACCCUCUUCAAGGCAGGGGAGAAGAAGUUUGGCACAGAUGAACAAACCUUUGUCACCAUCCUGGGCAACCGGAGUGCUGAACAUCUCAGGAGAGUCUUUGAUGCCUACAUGAAGCUGUCUGGAUUUCAGAUUGAGGAGACCAUCAAGAGGGAAACAUCUGGAACUCUGAAAGAGCUGCUUCUCGCCGUAGUGAAGUGUGCCAGGAGUGUUCCAGCCUAUUUGGCCGAGACCCUGUACAAGUCCAUGAAGGGUGUUGGCACUGAUGAUGACACCCUGAUCAGAGUGAUGGUGAGUCGCAGUGAGAUGGACAUGUUGGACAUCAGAGCUGAGUUCAGGAGGAUGUUUGCCUGCUCUCUGCAUUCAAUGGUCAAGGGGGAUACCGGUGGCAACUACCAGAAGGCCUUACUGUUGCUCUGUGGUGGAGAUGAUAAGUAACCAAUCAGCAAUCAAUAACAGGAACCACAUCUGAAGUGCCUCCACUCCAAGUGGGCUAACAGAAACAGCAAGCUAAUACAAAGCCGUAGUUAAUUACAGCAAAACUUUCUUGGGUUUGACAGAUGACCCAUCAGGUCUUUAAACUAUGAUUACAAAUAUUGUCUUUGGAAGGUAGCUAACAUGUUCAUAUCCACAUUAAUGCAGCUUGUGGUCGACUAUUAUCUUUACUACAACUAAUGUUAAUCACUUAUCAUUCCUAAGUAUCUGACAACAGUUGUUUUUCUUUGCAUUUUGUAUGGCGGAACCAAUAUGCCAUAAUAAACGUUGCAGUUAAUGAAGUACCACAGUGAAUUAUCCUUUAAUGUUUCAGUAUUAACAUUGUCUUGUUGUUGAACAUGCGCAGACUCUCCAUGGCCACUAGAGGUGGCUCCUACAUUUGAGCUGCAGCUGUUUGAAUAUAAAGUACUGCAAAAGCA